UCUUGAAUCUAGUUAGGGUAAAACUAACCUCUUAGAAUUUGAUACAAGCUCAAGUAAAAGUCUACGUAAAACAUGGCCGACGACGGUGCUUUUUCUCCGGCCGGAGAGGGUUUAUCAGUGACCAUCGGCAUCCAAUUAAAUAUGGAAGGAGCUUCUGAAAAUAGAGAAGAACUGCUUGAGGAUGAUGAUGAGGAAGAGUUUGAGAUGGAAACUAAUGAUCUCGAUAAUGUAGGUGACCAAGUUCUUGAAAUCAAGAGCAAUGGCCUUGAGAAUGUUACUGAACUAGUUCCGGGAGUUGAAAGAAAUGACCUUGAGAAUGAUGGUGAACAAAUACUUGAGACUGACAGUGAGCAGGUGCUUGAAUUUGAAAGCAAUGAGCAUGAGAGCAAUAGUGACCAAUUGCUUGAGAUUCCGAGCAACUACCAUGAUAAUAACAGUGACCAAAUGCUUGGAAUUCCCGGAAAAGAGUAUGAGAAUGACAAAGAUGCUCAUACUGCUAAUGUUGAUGGCCAAAUUGAUGGGUUGAAGGGAAAGUUUUAUGUCUCUCCUGUUGUGGGAAUGGAGUUUGAAUCAUAUGAUGAUGCUUAUAACUAUUACAACAGUUAUGCCAAAGAGGUUGGAUUUGGCAUCAGGGUCAAAUCUUCUUGGACCAAGCGUAACAGCAAAGAGAAGCGCGGUGCAGUGCUCUGUUGCAAUUGUGAGGGUUUCAAAACAAUGAAAGAAGCAAACGCUCGAAGAAAGGAAACAAGGACUGGAUGCCUCGCAAUGAUAAGGUUGAGGUUGGUAGAGUCCAACAGAUGGAGGUUGGACGAAGUUAAACUUGAACAUAACCAUUUAUUUGAUCCAGAAAGGGCUCAAAACUCCAAAUCACAUAAGAAGAUGGAUUCAGGAGCCAAAAGGAAGUUGGAAUCAGCUGUUGAUGUAGAAGUGCGAACUAUCAAAUUAUAUCGAACUCCUGCUAUUGAUGCAGUGGGUUAUGGAAGCUCAAAUGAAAGGGAAAUCAGCAAUCAUAUUGAGCAGCCUAAACGGUUAAAACUUGGGAAAGGUGACGUACGAGCCCUUUACAACUAUUUUUCCCGAGUACAGCUUGCAGAUCUGAAUUUUUUCUACAUUAUGGAUCUAAAUGAUGAAGGAUAUGUAAGGAAUGUGUUUUGGAUUGAUUCUAGGUCAAGGGCUGCCUAUGGUUAUUUUGGAGAUGUGAUUGUAGUUGACACAACGUGCUUAUCAAAUAAUUAUGAAACUCCAGUUUUGGCAUUCACUGGAGUAAAUCACCAUGGUCAAUCUGUUUUGAUGGGUUGUGCUUUGCUUGUGGAUGAAACCAUGGAGACAUACGUUUGGUUGCUGAGAGCAUGGCUUACAUCUAUGUCAGGACGUCCUCCGCAAACUAUAAUUACAGACCACUGCAAGGCCUUGCAGAGUGCAAUAGCCGAGGUUUUUCCUAGGGCUCACCACUGUCUCUGUCUGCCCCUUGUUAUAAAGGGAAUUCAUGAAAAGUUAGGAGAAGUUGGGAGGUCAGAAAUGUUUCAUACAAUACUGAACAGAAUGGUGUACAAAUCAACAAAAGUUGAAGAAUUUGAAAUUGAUUGGGAGGAGAUGAUCGAGCAUUUUGCUAUCAGGGAUCACGAGUGGCUUCAAAGCUUGUAUGAAGACCGAGAGCGGUGGGUUCCAGUUUAUUUGAAAGAUACAUUUUUUGCGGGAAUGUUUGCUUCUCAACCAGGUGAGUGCAUGAGCUCUUUCCCCCAUGGAUAUGCACAUAAACAAACAACUUGGAAUGAGUUUUUUGAUAUGUACGAGUCCUUCCAACAAAAAAGCAUUCAGAAGGAAACUCUUGAUGAUAUUGAGUCAAGAGAGUUUACCCCCGAGUUGAGAACAAGUUGCAGUUAUGAAUUACAGCUUUCUGACAUUUAUACCAAGGAAAUAUUCUUAAAGUUCCAAGAUGAAGUGGAGCUAAUGUCUAGCUGUUUUAGUGUAACUCAGAUUCAUGCUAACCUGCCAGUUAUCACCUAUUUAGUCAAAGAACAAGAUUCCAAGGGAGAUGCAAGGGACACAAGAAACUUUGAAGUUAUUUAUGAUAAAAUAGGAGCCGAGGUGCGCUGUAUUUGCGGUUGCUUCAAUUUCAGAGGGUAUCUGUGUCGACAUGCAUUGUGUGUCCUCAGCUACAUUGCGGUUAAUGAAGUCCCAAGUCAUUACAUCUUAUCACGAUGGAGGAAGGAUUUGAAACGCUUGUAUGCAUCAGAUCUAGGUUCCAACAAUAUUGAUAUCACAAACCCCGUUCAAUGGUUUGAUCACUUGCAUAGACGUGCAAUGCAAGUUGUAGCAGAGGGAAUGACAUCUCAAGAUCAUCAUAUGGUUGCUUGGCAAGCAUUCAAGGAGUCGCUUAAUAAGGUACGACUUGUAGCAGACAAACGUGUAUAAUAUACUAAACAGUGUACAAAAUUGAACUAUUCUAGUCACAUAUUAAUUUAGACAUUUUACUGUACAGCAAGAGUGGAAUAUUCUUUUCUAUGCUUCUUGUUUAAAUAUUGGAACAAAUAAAUGUUUAUUUGUAAGUGGUUUAAUGGGUUUAUUUUCUAGGAACUGGAUAAUGUAUGUUGUGCCUCUAUUUAAUGAGUGAAAAGUAAUGGAAUGAUGUGAAGAAAUUAAGUG